AUGACGUCGCCGAACGAGACGGACUCGGUCGUGACGCCGCUCAAACCGGACGGUCGAGGCAACCAGUCGCCGUGUCAAUUCGUCAUGCAGACCGACUGCGGCGCUUCGCCCGAGGCCGAGACAUCGCCGAGGCCAACGGCGACGGCGACGGCAACGGCGACGUCGACGGAGACGGAGACGGUGGCGGUGGCGGUGGCGGAGACGGAGACGGCGACGAGCGAGACGAGCUUCGAAGUAGAAGAAGAGGCCGAAUCGACGAGGGCCGAUGAGCCGACGGCCGGAAGUGGCGAGGGAGCGGGAGAGGCUGAAAAGGCACGAGGCGUGCGGGGCUGCGGCGAAGCGGGACUCGGAGCCAGACCCGUUGAGGCUGGUCCGAGUCUGUUGGGCUGCGGACCGGAGGCUCGCAGCCUCGUCGGCCGACGCGGCGCCGCGCUGGCCUCGCGCCUCGACGCUUCAGCAGGACUCGCCACGUCGACACACUCCGGCGCGAAAGGCUUCGAGCCACGAGGUCCCAUCAGACCGGACUUGGUUGCUACGGAGACAAGCCCAAAAGUGGGCGUGGGCAACGGCUUGUCGGGCCUGGCUGGCCAAGGACAGGGACUGGGAGUGGGAGUGGGACUGGGACUGGGAAUGGGAAUGGGUCAAAGUUUGGCCGGCAGGCGACAUGCCGCCUCGGCGACCAACCCAAAUGCAGGUAAGGCGUUUACACUGACCCUUUUGUCGAGUUGUUGCGCUCGUCCAUUCCUGCCUCCAUGCACCACUACACACGUCUGUCCGUCCGUUUGUCCGUCCGUCAUUCGGUCAAUCCGUCCGCACUGCGCUUCACCAAAACACGACAGCCGCUUUAGCCCAGCAUUCAUACACCAUUCAUAA